AUGUUACCUGUCCGUCGGUCGCUUCCUCCCGAAGUUCCCUCCCUCUUAGCGCCUGCUGCGUCUUGUUACAGCUGGACGUUCCCGAUUGGUUGCCUCUCUCACUACACGUCAGUGCUGACGCGUCUUCCGCAUUCGCAGCCGGGUAGGCCGGUCGGAGUGGAGGCAUUUACCGGGUAUCCUCAGACGUGUUGCGGAGGAAGGGUUGAAUGUCCUACACGGUUGCGUGAAUCCUAUGUCAUAGUCUUGCUACUUUUCCUGGCGUUUUUUUCUUCGUCGAAGUGGUGUUUGAAUUCCGAUCAUCUUCGCAGAUUCCGUUGUCGUGGGCCGUUCUGUGUCCAGUGUCGUCGGAUUUUGGCCAUGCGUUUCAUAAUUCCUUUUAUUCUCGCGCUUGUGGCGUUGGUGAAGUCCGAAGUGCACUUCGAAGAAAGAUUCGAUGAUGGGAAUGCAUGGGAGGAUCGAUGGAUUAAUUCAGCACACAAGACAGAUUACGGAAAGUUUGAAUUGAGCCACGGCAAGUUCUAUGGGGAUGCUCAGAAGGAUCAAGGAAUCCAAACCUCGCAAGAUGCCAAGUUCUACUCUGUGUCAGCGAAGUUCGACAAAUUCACGAACGCUGAUAAACCCCUGGUCGUUCAGUUCACCGUGAAGCACGAACAGAACAUUGAUUGUGGAGGCGGCUAUGUCAAAGUAUUCGGCUGUGAUGUUGAUCAGAAAGCUUUCCAUGGCGAAUCCCCGUAUCAUCUGAUGUUCGGACCUGAUAUUUGCGGGCCCGGAACGAAGAAAGUUCACGUUAUUGUCAAUUACAAGGGCAAGAAUCAUCUCAUCAAGAAAGACGUUCGUUGUAAGGAUGACGUUUAUACGCAUUUGUACGCCUUGAUCAUCCGUCCGGACAACACUUACGAGGUCAGAAUUGACAACGAGAAGGUCGAGAGUGGAGAGCUGGAAGCGGAUUGGGAUUUCCUGCCUGCAAAAACCAUCAAAGACCCUGAUGCGAAGAAACCUGAAGAUUGGGAUGAUCGUGCAAAGAUUGACGAUCCCGAGGACAAGAAGCCCGAGGAUUGGGAUAAGCCUGAGCACAUUCCAGACCCUGAUGCCGCCAAACCUGAAGAUUGGGAUGACGAAAUGGAUGGAGAAUGGGAACCGCCAAUGAUCGAUAAUCCAGAGUACAAGGGCGAAUGGAAACCUAAGCAAAUUGAUAAUCCCAGUUAUAAGGGAGUGUGGGUCCACCCAAUGAUCGACAAUCCUGAUUACACUGCCGAUCCUGAAAUCUACAAGUUUGAUGAUGUUUGUGGUAUUGGUUUUGAUCUCUGGCAAGUUAAAUCCGGCACCAUCUUUGACAAUGUCUUGGUGACGGAUGACGUGGAUUACGCCAAGAAAGUUGCGGAGAGCGUAUGGAAGGAGACUGCUGAUGGAGAAAAGAAGAUGAAGGAAAAGCAAGACGAAGACGAGAGGAAGAAAGCUGAGGAAGAGUCAUCCAAGAGCAAGGAUGCGGAUGACGAGGACGACGAAGACUUGGACGAAGCUGAGGAAAAGACGCACGACCAUGAACACGACGAAUUCUGAGGACGAUUGCUCAGUCCCACUUAAGUUCCUUUUGUUUUACGUAAGAGAGUGGAAGUGUGUGAGCAGUGAUUUUUGAGUGAAGAGCGAAGGGUUAUAAGAUUGUUGGCACUUUUCGUCGAAUCGUUCAAAAAUCCUCGGUUUUCCUCCCAGCGUAUUUUUGGCAUUAGGGUGGGAAAAUCCGCUCUCCCUGUUGCAGCGGAGAUAGCUAACAUCUUUAAUGUCAUCUCCAGCCUUGUUAUGGAUUGCCAGUUAGCGUUGUGAAGUGUUGGUGGUUACAGUCGUCGCGUUUUCAGUUCUUUUUGCGGAAGAAUGAUGCAAUUGUUCUGCUUUCAGCAGGAUCUCCUUCAGUAAUUUAAAACAUUCUGUGUCAUUAGGCUCUGACUGGAGACUUUGUCCUUUGUCAAGUGCUGCCGCGUUUGUUCGGCAUUACCUGUGGGCUGCCUUCUUUCUGGUCAUAUUGCCAAUGAGGUCCUUUGAAGAAUCUUUCAUCAUUCUUCUCUUUCUGUUAAAGAGGAAAAAGGUGGAAAUGAAAAUUUUAUUGGAA